ACCCUACUCCGUACUACUUUUCCCGAUUUCCGCCAAGACUCGGCCAGCAAACAUCUUUGAAAACCCCAAUAGAUCGACUCUCAGUCUCCAUCUCUCCGAUUUUCCAUGGCUCUCCCGCCGUUGUGUCCCUAACUUCGGACAUCAUAUCUCUUCUUCUUGUUCUACAAUCAUGAACUUCAAACUUCUCUCUCCUCUAAGAAACCGUCUUCACACUCUUCUCCGCUCAGAUGUUGCUUGGCCGCAACGGAGGUACUUGGGUACGGCUGCGACUGCGGCUCAAGAAAUACUCAAUAAGCGUAGAACUGGGAAAAGGAUCCCUGCACAUGAAAGAAAAGCAAUGGUGGAAGCAUAUGUCAACAAAUACAGGGUGAUGAAUUCCGGAAAAUUCCCAACAACCAAAAAUGUUACUAAUCAAAUUGGCGGCUCUCACUAUAAAACUAAGGUUAUUAUUCAGGAGUUGGAAUACAAAUCCAAGUUACCUACUGUGGCCAGUGCUGCUGAUAAACUAACUAUACUGCAAAAAGCUCAACCAUAUCAGUUUUCUGAAGUUAAAGCUAUUGUUGACUGUAAACUGUCUGGCAAGGACAAGAGGAAUACUGUUGUGGAUGACGGUACUUCAGCAGAAUGUUAUUUGAGCUACGAAAUUGAUAAAAUCAGUGACCAGAAGAUGAUUGAUAUGUCAACUUUGAACAAGAACCAUGAGAUAACAGCAGAAUAUGAAUCUGGUAGUGAGAAAAAGGUUUGGGGAGAGCAUGGCAGAGCAUCUGCAGAUAUGGACACUAGUGAAAAUAGUAGAAUUCUGGAAAGCUGCAUAGUGCCUGGUAUAUCAACUGUAAUGGAGAGCACCUUGGCAAGUGAGACUCUAAUUGCCAUGUCAACGGAGAAUUCUGAAAUUUUUGUAAUGCCAAGUCAUCGUAUUGAAGCUCCUAAAACAUCACAAAAUGUGACGAUAGGUAAUCUAGACGAGGCAUCUGCGCCAGCUUCAAAAUGUGAUAAACUCCCAAGGGUAACUACCACAAAGAAGCAUGAUGUAGUUGAGGAAUCGCAGCAGUCAUCAUUAUGGGGCAGCCUGAAGUUCUUCGCAAGCAAUGUUAUUAGCAGGUGGCGAAAAACAUGAAUUAUGUUCUUGAUAGAGAGAAUGACAAGAUUGUAUAGAGAGAGCUAACAUGUGUCAGGAACAGCAAGUACUUGUGAUGCGUCUAUUAUGAUUUGUUUAAAGAUUGUCACGGCAUCCAUGAUAAAUCUGUAGAGGCGGAAGUGCACUUACUGGUUUUUUUUGUACCAGUCAAGUUAGAAAGAGAACCAGACAAAUCGUUCCAUAUUCAUCAUCUUUUUGAAAGAGCAAUUCUUUUUAGCAGGAACAAAUGGAUCAAUUGUUAGUGAUUUUGGAUUAUAGGUCAAACAAGUUAGGAGGGUAAUUGUUGUAAAGACUUGUUUUAAUUUUUUGUUCAUUUAUUGAUCCUAGAAUUCAAGAUUGGUGAUUUAAGUUAUCAUUCUCAAUCGUGCGAGGCGCAAUAAAUUUUUCCCCAGCCCAA